AUGCAAGCAGCAGUCAGUGAUCUUAUUGGAUAUCAACACUCCCGGUUGAAGAGAAAGAGACCAAUGUUAGUCUUUGGGUUCAAUGAUGCAUCACAUGGACAUGCAGAGAUUGCUUCUGAUAACUUGCGUGUUCCAUUCAUGAAUAUCCUCCAUGGGGAAGGACAUGGUUUCGAGCUUACUGAAGGAAGGCUUGGUCCUGGAAGAUCACAUCAUUGCCUGAGACUAAGAGUAGCAGCAGAAUGUGGCACGCACAUGAUGGUUGAGCGGGCCCUAAGGACUGCUUUUGGAAAGAAGAUUGCACAGCAUGGUUCCUUUCAGUUGGACUGGCAAUGGAGUGCGUAUAUAAAGGAAAGAAAACUGGGAAGUGAUCACUUGGAGCAAACAUGUGUGCCACGUGACAGGCGCAUUCACGCUGCUGCGGCGGUGAUGUUUGGCAUCGGCUACAACUCUGACGGGAGUGCAUAUAUAAAGACAAAUCCUGGAAGUGAUCACCGGGAGCAAACCUAA